ACUUCCGACUUUUAAGUUUUAUCGCCGAGUUUGGCUUUGAUGGUUUUAAAACAUGUGCUGUCGGGCGAUGUUAGGGGAAGAAUCCUGCGCUUUCGUCACCACUUUUGCUGAUGAUGUAGUGAGAGAGCUGUAGAAGUGAGAUGAAUUGGAAGAACAUCAUUCCAUUAUCAUUGGGACUGCUCGCUGGGGUGCUUUCAGCCAUCAGCAUUUUGCAGUACCAGGGAUUAUCCAUGCCGACCAUAGCACCAGAUCCAGAAUACGCAUUGGGAGGGACCAGCUUCUACUUCGUAUCGCUUCUCAACAAGAGAGCUUGGGAUCGGACUAAGAAGAGAGAUGGUGAUGGAGGAAACAUGGAUGAGAUAGAAGAGUGGCUGGGCAGUCCCCUUGGCCAUGAAGGAGAUGAGAAUAUGGGUGAGAUAGAGGAGUGGUUGGGUCCCCUUGGCUAUAAAGGAGACAAGAAUAUGGGUAGGACAAAGCAUGAGAAACAUGAGCAGGAGGAGGAGGAGGAGGAGGAGGAUUACAGGGAGGAAGCGAUGGGAUUAGAUGCAGACCUGAUGGAGAUUGCUUCAUCACCAGAUUUUGAUACGUUCCAGGACGCCCAACGUCUCAAGGACAAGAUGAAAGUCCUUUGCAUGGUCGCACUCGUAGAACAAGACGUUGCCAAGUAUAGCACAGUUUUAGAGAACACAUGGACGAAACAUUGUACCAGGGUUAUGUUUGUGAGCAAUACAGCCAUCAGUGUAAAGACAAAUGUGCUUCGGACAGAUCUGAAGCCUGGUAAAUCUCACUCUUGGCAAAGGACAAAGAUCCUGCUGAUGGAGGCCCAUGAUAGGUUUGUAGAAGAGUUUGACUGGUUUGUCAAAGUGCCACGGGAUGGAUUUGUGGUCUUAGAUAACCUGAGAUACCUCCUCUUGCUCCACCAAGCCAGUAUCCCUGGUUACAUUGGGCAUGUUUUCAAGGGACCAAGCAGAGAUGGCUCGGCCCUAGUCCUCAGCCGCUACGCCUUGGAGGUGAUUGUACCCACCCUGGUCACCUGCUCACCGAGCUACUUUCAAGGUUUCGAUGAUGGGGAGGUUCUGGAAACGUGUUUCAGAAACCUGAAUGUGAUCUCUAUGAUGGAUGGGCGUGACCAGUCAGGUAUCUUGCAAUUCCAGAUGAAGGUUCCUAGAUUGGAUAUUCCUGACGGUGCUACCAGUCGUAAGCAGUGGAACUGGAGAUACACAAAACACCCAGAAAGACAGGAUGACAGGUGUUGCCAGGAGUAUCCAAUCUUGUUCCAGAAUGUAGAUAUUGCAGAGAUGUACACCCUGGAGUAUGCAGUCUACCAUCUUCGUCCGUUUGGGAUAGGUAACUACACGUGCACAUCAUCGAUUCUUGGACUGAGGUGAUGACGUCUGCGACCUUUCGCCACAAUCAGUAUGGCCCAAUAACUCUCAAAUAUAUGCCAGGUGCCUGACCAGAAAUAAAGGGGGAAAAGGGUGUGAGUCCGGUCAUUUAACAAAAAUAAAGCCUUCUCUUUUGCCCUUGGAUUUAAUGCAAGAUAUUCAUCAAUAGCAAUAACCGUCAUGAAAAUCAGUUCUUUAUGAUAUUGUCCUAGAUACGUUUUAAAAGACUAAUGAAAUAUUGCGGUAAAGUAUGUGUGUGAAAUAGCCUGUCUAGAUAACCAACGCAGCCCGGAUGCGCAUAUUUUUUUUUUACACAACUGUUUAGCCAUUUUCGCGAAAAAACUCCAAGAAGUGCUCUGGUAUAAGAGUCUAAGUCGUCAGCGCACUAUAAUAUGCGCAAGCACGUACACCCAGGGAAGAGAAGAUGAUAGAAAGGAGAAAACAAGGAUAUAGUGGAGAGGAUAAGGAGAAGGACUAACACAAGGAAA